UGUAGUCUAUGUUCGUACCAAGAAAGUGAAGUAAGCCGGUUUACAACUUUGCAGAAUUAAGUGAACCGGAUUCAGCGGAUACGGGAAGCCCGAACGCUCAUUUCGUUUUUAUCUUCAAGUUUUUGUGAAAAACCCACUAGUCUUCUAUUUGAUAUAUGAAUCAGGUGUAUUAUACUAAUUAUAAGAAUAAUCUAGUGAAAUUAUCUCAUUAGAAACUAAGUAAGUAAAUGAAAUCAAUUUAUUUCGUCCAAUAUUGUAAGUACGCUAGAUCAAUGUCUUUGUAGACAAGGAAAUAUGAACGUGCUUAGAGACCUUUGUUUUUUACAAUACAUUUCAAUCCACAAAUUCAAUAAACUACCGUUCUUUGUCCAAAAAUGUAAAACUCCCCGAAACUUACAUUGCAAGAGAAAUUGCUGUCAAUAACCUUUGACAUGUGUCACUGCUUACGUGUCAGCGGUACUUCUCUUGCACCUAAGGCUUGUAGCAGAUCCAAAUGGAGCUGCAAGCAUUACUGGUUCUGGGAGGAUUGGGGGUGGCUGGCAUAGCAGUUCUCCUAUUGAUGGGACUGUUCUCAGCCUCAGGCACUAGCUAUGAAGAGGCUAUUGCACAACAACGUAAAGCAGCUACUGAGUUGUUGGCAUUAGCAGAAAACAAAAGCAAGUCGAAGAAAAAUGUGAAGAAGAAGGAUAAGAAGCUGGCCAAGAAAGAGAAGAGCAAGGAGAACUCUGGUACAACAGGCAGUGAAAUCGACAGUGAGGCCCCAGCUGAGAGUGGUCUAGAAGAUGACCCCACUCCACCAACUAAGGGACAUGUCGAAUUCUCCCCACCUGUUGUUGUUGAUGUACCCAGGGAUGCACCCCCUAAUGUUAAGAUACGCAAACGUGGCAAGGAUCCUAAGGUAAAGCCGAUUCUGUUGAACAAAGAGGAUCCGAGUUGCGUUAGUGAUCCGAGCACGGUCCCAGUGGCCGCCAAUACCACUGUCGCUAACCAUUUUGAGGAAAUGCAUCCAAAAGAUGAAAUAGAAUUGAUGCAAUCGGCCCUAUCAACUGAAAAAGUCGUUGAAAAAGUUGAGGAACCUGUUGACAAGAAGGAAGCAAAGCCUACAAAACCUCAAAAAACUGGCAAAGGUGCUCCUAAAGCAACUUCAUCCCCUGAGCUUAAAGAAGAAACAAAAGAAAAAAACAACACUGGGGACGCACCCAAGGAGCAACGUAAAGGUAAAAAAGAGAAGAAGCCUCAUGAUGAAGCAGCGGAAGUAGCACAACAGGAGAUUGUUCCACCAUUGAACAUACCACAGCCGACUGAGCUAACCACCGAAAAACUUCUGAAACAAGCAUUAGUUGUCGCACCUCCUGCGCCGUCGCCUCCAGCUGGCAAGGGGAAGAAGAAAAAACAAGAACCUAAUGUCCUCACGCUCAUGGUUGGCGACCACGGUGGCGUAAACGUUGGCGAGCUGGUGCGCGUGGUCCGCGAGGCUUCGCUCUCUCGUACAGAGAUACAGAUCCUGACCGACGCGUUGCUCGACAAACACCAUGAUCCUCUACCCGAACAUUCCGAAUGGUCCGAGGGCCCAAAUGAUCCAGUUCAGAAAUUGAAGAAGCAGUUAGCCGACAAAGAAAAGGCGCUGGCCGAUGAAGUUGAAGCUUCCCAAGCUUUGCAAGCCAAAUUGAAGGAAUUACGAACGAGCCUGAACGCAGAGCGCAGCCGGGCGAGCGGCGCCGUGCGCACGCUGGAGGCGGAGCGCGCCCGCCACGAGCAGGCCGCGGCCGCCGCGCGCGUCGACCUGCACACGCACCAGGCGCGCCUGCAGCGGCUCCUCGACGACAACCACCAGCUCGCACAGGAGAAGCUGCACUUGCAAUCGCAAUUGAAUGCAGAAGCGGAAGUUCAAGCUCAACGAGUCCAGAUGGAGGUGCACAUUAAGAGAUUAACAGAGUCGGAGGCGGCGCUGGUGCAGCAGCUGGCGGGGCUGCAGAGCGAGGCGGCCGCGCACGCGCACGACGCCCGCCAGGCGCGCCUCGAGCUGGGCGCCGCCCGCGACGCGCUGCUCAUGGCGCAGCAGCACGCCGCCGAACUGGCGCAACAACUGCAGGAUGCAAACCGUGCAUACACCGAACUAGAGCAGCACUCUCAACAAGAAAGAAGGCAAUUACAGGAACGACUCGCUGAGCUUCAAAAUGAAGUCCAGAGAUUGGCGAAUCAUGCUCAAACAGUCGAAGCGAACACAGAGAAACUAAAACAAGAAAGUGAAAAACAAAAACAACAGCUAUCCAAUGAGAUCAAAAUAAUAGGGGAGCAGCUGUCCGCGCGCGAGGCCGAGCUCGCUGAGCUCAAACAGAUAAAGGCGGUGCCCGCACAGAACGGUUUGACGGCGGAUGACAAUGAACAAAAGAUAAGCAAAUCGGAGUUCGCGAAGGUGGAGAGCGUGGUGGCGGCGCUGCGCAGCGAGCUGGAGUCUGCGCAGGGCAGCAGCCGCGAGCAGCGCGACCAGCUCGAGCGGCUGCGCGACGAGCUGCACCGCCACAAGCACAAGAACGACGAGUUGCGAACUAAAAACUGGAAAGUAAUGGAGGCGUUACAGUCUGCCGAAAAGGCUCUCCAGUCGAGAACGGCAAGCGCGUUGCCGGCCCAAGACUCGUUGCGUGAGGCAGUGGCGAAGGCGCAGGAAACGCAACUAGCUGAAGUGGCCGCUGUGCUACGCGCCGCCUGCCCCGCCGCCGCGCCCCAUGACCCCUGCGCAGACCUCGCCUGGCUGAGAACCUUCGCCGACAACCUCGGACAAUUGCUGCUGCAGCAGAAGGACUUGCUGCUCAAGGAGACUGAGAAGCAGGCGACAGUGGUCACGGCGCCGCCCUCUGACGACCGACUCAAGGAGCUGGCCGAUCAGAACGAACACCUCCAAAGUCUCGUCGACAAAUACAAGACGAUCAUAGACGACACGGAGGGCGUGUUAAGCCGGCUACAGCAAAACGUGACGACAGAGGAACAGCGAUGGGCGCAACAACUCGCCGACAAACAGCGGGAACUCGAUGAACUGCGUCAGAGAACUGUUUCGCAGGAACCGCUGGCGUUCGCCUACGCCUGCAUCGAAAAAUCGUUGCCUGCGAUUAUUGAGGAGAUGCAGAAUAAGAUUGAUUCGUUGCAAGAAGAACUGGCGCAGGCCAAAUCAGCGCGACACAAUCACACGUUCGCCGACGCCGAGCGUCUCGCCGAGGAAAGACUGAUGGCGGGUUUGUCUGAUAAACAUACGGAUAUCAGCAACGGACCGUUACAGCUCGGCUUGGAAAAUAAAUAGCACUUGGAAACAGGAAGCUUGUACAAAGCGAUGUCGAGUGAUCAUUCCUAUCCGGAGAGCGACUGCCCGUGUAGGUAGCAUGCGGCGCGCUCCUAUACUUACGGUUAUUCGAUAAAUAAUUAUAAGUUUGUAAAGGACUCACAUCCGUUACUGUUACUCCCUCCAGUUUAAAAGGAAUCUAAUUUCGUCAUUGUCGCGCGUUCUUGUAUCUCAUUUCACUUUCAUCAACAGUUUAGUAACUAAAAUCUUUGUUUUAGUUUUUAUUUUUUUGUAAUGCCGUCCACUUAUACUCAGUACUUGUUGGUGUAGUAAGAUACUUUGAUAAUUAUCUUAAAACCAUCCAGCCCAUGUGUCACUGUGUGAUUGUAAUAACACAUUUAAAAAAAAAAAACCUUCGAACUUAGAUUCCUAAAUUAUCAGUGAGUAAUAGAUAAUGUGUAUUUAGGAGUUAGAUUUAGAAUUAUAAGUGCAUCGAAAGUGAACAUUUACAAAAUUCUAACCAAUUAAUCAUCUAUGCUAUUAAAUGGCAAUUUUAUAUAGAAAUUACGAAUCAAUGAUUAAUAACACUAAUUUAAUAAAUGUAACAUCAAAUUAAAAUCCAUUGUUUUCUUCAUAUAUUUAUUAGUUGCAACGUUUUAUUGUUAAAGGAAUGUUAAACAAAAAUUUCUAUCAGUGCCUUAGGGUAAAAUUGAAAUAGAAAUCUGACUUGUAUUUAAUUUCUUAGAAAUGAUAUGAAGGUAAUACGGUAAAUAACAAUCAUAAAAUUCCUUUAAUAUUAAGGGAUAUUAUAUUUUAAAGUAUGUUGUAUUGUUAUAAAUGUUUAUUAUUUCGAUUUUGUGAAGACGACUUUUUUAUUUUAGUGAAUCAUUGUGUCAAAAGUCAUGAAACGUGUAAUAAUUAUAGUGAAUAAGUAAAAUUUAAUUAUUGUAUAAUACGUAAACUUUGUAUAAUAAUGAAAAAUAAAGACAUCAAGAAAAUAUUAUUUCGAGUUUGUUUUAAAUUCAUCUAGUUUAGGUUUAGCUGCAGCUCCUAUAAAAUUUGAGAGUCACUGUCUGUGGAGAAUUUGCGAUCAACAAAAUCUUGAACGUAACAUUACUAAACUUAUGGCAACACAAGGGUAAAAAAACCUUUCUAAGCUGAAACCAUACACAAUUUUAAAAGUAAUACGGAACCAUCAAGGAACGAAAGUAAUAUUAAUUUACUAAAUAAAGCAUCAAUAGUUGUUUAAAUAACUUCAGGUUUCGUGAAUGCACAUUGUAACCCAAAGCUGACAGUCAUGAGUCAUGAGACAAGAUUUUGACCAUCAAUUUGUUUUUAUUAAAUAACACGUUUCCUGAAAGUUCUAACACACCCUGUAGAAUUCGUAAAAUAUUUGAUAACAUUCAUAAGUGCAGUCUACUAGGUAUGAGGUGUAAGUUUCACAAAAAUGUUGGUAGUGCUGAGCAGAUUCGGAGAUGUAAAAAUUUAAACGAUAUCAAACCAAAUUAUUAGACGAACCUAUUAGAUCCGCAACUACGUUCCCGCUGUUUUUUCUAUGGAAAUGAAACAUUAUUUUGAAAAAAUGCUUACAAAUGAAUAAUUCAAAGUAUUGCCCAUUAGUAGCUACUACUUGAUAAUGACCUACUGGUGGAAGAAUGUCUUGACAUGGAUAGUCCGCACGGGUAGCUACCAUCACCCUGCGUAUUUCUGCCAUGAGGCAGUAAUGCAUUUCGGUUAAAAGGAUUGGACAACCGUUAUUUACUACAAAACUGAAACAUGUCACUCAUAUUUCAACGUGGGGGUGGCAUUUACGUUGUUUAUGUCUACGGGUUUCGAUAACCACUUAACACCAGGUAGGCCCCGAAGUCAUCCUGGGUGGAUCUAAACAAGAAAAAUAAAUGAAAAAACAAUGAAGUUAUUUGUCGUUUUAAUGCAUCUCGAAAAAUAAACAAUGUGGGUUUAGCUUCUGAGAUAUUAGCGGUCAUAAAGUAGGACUUAACCGGCCAAUGUAGACUUGAUUAAGAUACCGCAGUUGUAACAAAAAAUCGUGCGAAUUUAAAAUAAACGAUAAUACUUAGUCUGAUUACAUUUUAAAAUUAAAGACAUUUUCACUGAGCUUCCUCAGAUUCAUAGCAAUAAUUUUGUAACGAGAUGGACCAUAUAGUCAUAAAUUUUACACCACCUUGGAAACCUUAAUAUUUUUUAAGUCAUGCGAGACUCCGAUGUGAUAUCUUUUUUUUUGAGUAGUUUAUGAAACUUAAAUAAUCGUCUAUAGGAAAAAAGUCCUACUUCAUCAUUUUCGAGUUUGUUUCUCUAAAAUCGAAUUACUACUAAAUCUAACUACUAUUUUGUAACAUAUCAUACUUAGGUUAUACAACAUUUGUAACUAUUUGGUAAUAUGUAUUAUGUAAAGAUAAAUUUAAAAAAAGUGUGUGUGUCCGCUCCGACGCACGACUGGAGUUUACUGGAUAUAAAAAAUUAAACGAAACAAUACGAGAAAUAGUUCUAUAUUACGACAACACGAUACACUACAGAUUAUUAACAAAUUAAUGAGACACAAAACAAACGACUAACAAAUGUAUGAAAAUACAAUAAUGAGAGAAACGCGCGAUCAGUACGAGGCUUUGUGGCGGACUGCCGGCGCAGCAGCCCGGCGUCACCUGCGAUAACGCAUUUCGUGUGACAUGCGCAAUCAGGCGCAUAACGCAUUUCGUGUGACAUGCUAGUACGAUUUUGGUCCCCAUAAUUUUCAUACCCCGGGCCUAUAUAUGUAAAUCGAUUCUAAAGGAGUAAACUCCAAAAUAUUAAUGUUUGUUGGCUCAAUAUAAAAAGUCGUGGAAUCCGUUAGAAUCAUUUUAACUUAACCAUUUAACAUCAGGCGGGCUGUAAGCUCGUUCACCCAUAAAAGAAAAAAAAUAAUAAUAAUUAAUCUCUGUAGGGACAUUGGGUCAUACGCUUGGAUUUUAUUAUUAUUUAUAUAUUUAAUUCUACCUGGGGACCAGUUUUUUAUAUCUUUUUCAAUAAGAAAUGAACCAAUCGCAUUAAAGAAUAGAUUAAGUUCAUGUUUUUUGUACCUACUAACAAAAUUUGCCCCUGAAAAGGAUAAUCUAGUUUUUUGAAGAUUUAUUAGCCUGGUAAUAAUUAAGCUAGAUUUGUAAUAGAUACGGUACCCUCAGUUGUAUGAAGUGUAGAACUAUGGAGGCCAGGGUAAAGCUACUUUUAUCCGCCAUGUUCUAGUCGUAAAGAAGCAUAGAUACACUUCAAAAAGUCAAUUCAAAUGGCAUGUUCAAGUAAGCUGUAGUGUCAAAAAAUAAUAACAAGCUACAAAAUGUCAUUUAUAAAAUACUAACAAAGAUUUUGUUUCAAAUUUAGAACAAAAAAUAUAAAUAUGUCUGACGUAGCAGUAAAAAAUGUUGAUAGUGCUUGUGAGACAGCUGAAGAAUUUACUAGAGUGUUUUACAAACAAGUAGACAACAGCCGCCAUCUAACCUCAAAAUUGUAUUUGGAUACUGGAUUACUUGUUUGGAACGGCAAUGGUAUCAGUGGCAAUGACAAAAUACAGAAAUUCUUGAUGGAUUUGCCUGCAAGUAACCAUACGCUGAAAAGUUUAGAUGCUCAACCAAUAUCUGAUGUCUUGGUUGCAAAUAAAUUGACGUACCUCAUCCAAGCUUGUGGAGAUGUUACUUAUCAAAACGAAGAAACAAAGAAACCAUUUCAGCAAACUUUUCUCAUAGUGGCAGUUGAUGGGAAAUGGAAGAUAGCCUCGGAUUGUUUCAGACUCCAAGUUCCUUAUGGAAAUUAAUUUUUAUUUUAUUAUUAAGUUAAAUGUACCAAUUGCUAAGCAAAAAUUUUAUUUAAGAAAUACAUUAAAAAUUCUUUUUCACCAUUAAA